CUUGCACCGGGCCCGGUCACGCGCUCCGGUUUCCGUGCGCUGGCUCGGUGCGCGCUUGCAUCCGCGCAUCCAUGUGACCGGGGCUAUGGAGGAGGUUGGGCCGGCAGUCGUCUUUGCGUGCCAUUUGCUGCAUUUGAUGCCCCACUACUACCUGCUGAACGCUUUGAUCCUGGCCCAGCGACAGGACCAGGAGUGGUUCAUGCACAGCGCACUGCUGCAGUCUGAGCUGCUCUCCGUAGCUUUGGAGAUGCUUUGGUCGGCUUACCACCCCGAGGCCCUGCGGUUCGCCUGGUGCGCGUGGUGCGCGGCGCUCUGCGCGGCACUGCAGUGCGUGAACAUGGUGUUGGCCUGCGUAGGCACGACGUACAGCUACCAGGUGGCGCUGGCCUUCCAGGUGGCGGCCGGGCUGGCGUUGAUCCCGGUGCGCCAGGUGGGGAACAACUUCACGCUGGCGCGGCGCGUCAGCCCGGCCAGGUACCGGAUCCUCGCGUGGCUGGUGGCCGUGCUGCUGGCGGUGACGUGCCUGCUGUCCGAGCAGAUGGCCAGCGUCUGGGUCCUGGCGCCCUGCGCCGCGCUGCCCGCCCUGGGCGCGGCGGUCGCUUUGGCGUCAGCCACCGGACGCGGCGCGGGCGGAACGUCCGAGGCGAAGCUAGGUUCCGCUGGGAAUCAGGGCGUGGGCUGGGGUGCCUCUGCGCUCUUCCUGGCACUGGGCUGUGGGCUCGGCACCACCGGGGAGGCGAUGAUGGACAUGGCCGUGAAUUUGGCGGUCCGCCGCAGGCUGCAGCAGGGCUCCCGGGACCUGGCGCUCAUGAACCAGUUCUCCAUCUUCUGCUCCAUGUCCUUAGCCUACCUCUCCGAAACCCAACGCUUCGGGGCGCACAGCAGCGAAAAGUUCAUCGGGGCUUGGCUCGGCUGUCAGCUGCUCCGCGGCUUCUCGCUGCAUCUGCUGGAGGCGGGGCAGCUGGGGGUGGCCCUGCUGGCCGUCUUCGCCUUCCUGGACAAGUACACCGGGCCGCUGGGCGCCGCGGCCUUGGAUGUGGCGCUCUUGCGGGUCCUGGAGCCGAAGGAUUCGUCGACUGCCUGGUGCACUGCGCCCCAAGCGAGGCUGGUGCCCAGCACGUUGCUUUGGACGUCGCGCAUGGUCUUCGCGCGCGUGGAGCGCCCCGCGUGCAAGCUGUUGCUCCUCCACUUCGAGUCUUUGUUCGCUGUGGAGCAGGUGGCCUUGACUUUCUCUUGCGCCACCUGUGCCGGAGUUCUGGCGGUGCUAUGGGCGACCGAACGUCCCGCCAAAGGCAGCCCAGUGGCCUUCGGUGCAAAGCUCGCCGCGUCGAUCGCAGGUACGGCCUCUGGGUGGAAAGAAGUCACUGGCUUCACGACCUCCGUCAGCUCGCAGCUCUUCAACUCAGGCGACCACCUCAACCUCGCCAACGGGCGCUUUACGGCGCCGGUGACGGGGUACUACCACUUUUCCACCAACAUGCGCCUGGACCUGGCGGUGGGCUCGUAUUUCCGGGUCUUUCUCUUCGUGAACAGUGGCAAGAAUGGGAACUUCCCUGGUACCUUGAAGGGCUCGCCGCUGGGGAACUACUACACCCUCUCCACCUCUGGAAGCCUUUGGCUUGGGGCUGGGCAGUACGUGUCCGUGUGGAUCUACAGCGGGGGGGACACACUCUACACCAUCCAAUCAGAGAGCGGCUUCUCUGGGCAUCUCAUCUCCACAGGUGGCGUGGGCUUUCACGCCUACAAGGCCUCGGCGGAUGCGGUGAAGAAGACGGGGGACGUCAACGUGCAGGGCUACGGGCUGGCCAGCCACCUGGGAGGCAGCUCCAGCUCCAUGAGCGGCUUGUCGGCGACCCUGGGGGCCACCAACCACCACAGCUCCAGCGGCUGGAAGGAAAUCACCGGGUGGUCCACCAACGGGGCCAACAUGUUUGGGUCGGCCCUCAGCAACGGGCGGUUUACCGCACCCAGCACUGGGGUCUACCAGGUCUCCUGCAACUUGCGCCUGGACAAUGCCAACGGGAACUACUUCCGGGUCCUGAUUGCCAUCGACGGAAACGCGGACGUGUACAAUGGGCUGCACACCAUCCAGGGCAGACCCGGCAAGCCUUACUACACCUUGCCGGUGAUGGGCACCGUGAAGCUGUCAGCAGGGCAGUACGUGUCCUGCUGGGCCUACAGCAACUCGGACACCUCCUGGUCCAUCCAGCGCGAGAGCGGCUUCUCCGUGGCCUUCCUGGGGGAU